UCGGCGGCCGCCUCCGCCCCACUUUCCCCCACUUCUCCCCCAAGAAAAAGCCGAAUCAUGGACACCACCGGCGCCACAGCCGCCGCCGCCGCCGCCGGCGGGGGAGGCAGCGAGGAGGAGGACCAGGCCCGCUUGGCCGCCAUCACCGACAACCUCAAGGCCCGUGACUCGAUCCGGCUGUACGCCUGGCUCUCGCACCGGUGCUUCUCCGACUGCGUCACCACCUUCUACCGCAAGACGCUGGGCAAGCGCGAGGGGGACUGCGUCCGCGCCUGCGUCCGCAAGUACCAGCUCGCCACCGCCGCGUCCGCCGCCCGCUUCAACAAGCUCGCCGACCCCUCCGCCGCCGCCGACGACGACGACGACGAGGACGACUGAUUCGUGCGCCACUGUCGGCUGGGGGAACUUUUUUGCCUGCUCUGGUUAGUCUUCUGCAGUUUGAGUUCUGAUGUAGCGCUUGUGAUGCCUGAAGAAACACCAAUAGUGACAGAGUAGAACGAACCACGGAUUCUGAAUUCUGAUGCAGCCUUUUGGGCUUCAAUUGAUUGCGGCUGUAUCGAACCACACCACGGAUUCGCAACUCGGGCGGAUGCGAACAUGAAUGGUUUCCAUGCUUUACAAACUUAGUAUCGGUGAAUGUUUCACUGGAUGUCAUGCAUUUCCUUGUCUGGUUGGAAUCAGUUGCUUCCAUGUGUUAAUUCAGAAUUCGGAAUGUGCGUUGAUGCAAGCCUGAA